CGUGAACCGUAAAGUGCGGAUUGCAGGCUCAGAGUUCUUCAGAGUGGAUUCACUCUCAGACUCAGCUUCACUCUUGCGCGCCGGACACCAUUCCUGCGAGCGCUAUCCGCGUCCGUAUUUCUGAUCACCUGCGACCUCAGAUCAGAGUAACAGAAUGGGCGGUUCCCCAAAAGCAGCUUCUGCUUCGCCGAGCUUGUGGCUUGCUCCUAAUCCGAGUAAACGAUGGGGCGAGUUGUUUUUCCUUUUCUACACCCCCUUUUGGCUCACUCUGUGUCUCGGAAUAGUUGUUCCCUUCAAUCUAUACGAGCGAUUCACAGAGUUGGAGUAUUUGCUUCUUGGGUUGGUGUCAGCAGUUCCUUCUUUCUUGAUUCCAAUGCUGUUUGUUGGAAAGGCUGAUAGAAGCCUGUCUUGGAAGGACCGUUAUUGGGUCAAGGCCAGCCUCUGGAUAAUAAUCUUCAGUUAUGUUGGGAACUAUUUUUGGACUCAUUAUUUUUUUUCAGUCCUGGGUGCAUCCUAUACCUUCCCGUCAUGGAAAAUGAACAAUGUACCCCACACAACUUUUCUGCUCACUCAUGUCUGCUUCUUACUUUAUCAUGUUGUAUCAAACAUGACACUGCGCAGACUGAGGAAUUUUACCGCUGAUUUACCGGAAAAAGUUAGAUGGGCUGCUGAGGCUGCGUGGAUUCUUGCUCUAUCUUAUUUUAUAGCCUACCUAGAGACAUUAGCUAUUUCCAAUUUCCCUUACUAUCAAUUUGUGGAUCGUGGAGCUAUGUACAAAGUUGGAUGUUUGUUUUACGCCAUCUACUUUUUCGUUAGCUUCCCCAUGUUUCUGAGGAUUGAUGAAAAAUCUGGAAAUAAAUGGGACUUGCCGAGAGUGGCUGUUGAUGCAUUGGGUGCUGCCAUGCUAGUCACAAUAAUACUUGAUUUGUGGCGCAUCUUUCUCGGACCUAUUGUUCCAAUCCCUGAUACAAAACAGUGUGCUCAAUCAGGAUUGCCAUGGUUUCCCGUGGUCACAAACCAAACAUGAGAAUUAUUUGAACAGAACCCUUGAAUUGAUUACUGUACCGGAAUGCAUGCAGAACUUGUAGAAGUAACCAGACUGGACUUCUUUCGUAGCAAUAAUUGCUAACUCCCUGAUCAAGUCAAUCUUGUGUUUGUUAAUUAGUGCUUUAGAUUUGCAUCUUGGUGUAAUGGAUACAUGUGACUAAUUUCUGUACAAUGAAGUUGACUGCAAAUCAGUUUUUUAUGGCC